AUGAGACGAAUAUUCUACGCGGUGCCACUGUUUGCGAUCGAUGUAUUUGCAGGAAACUGCACCGAUGACCCGGUUUGUCCUACCCUAAUGCUUGGCCCGGUGGCCAAAUCAAGCGUGAAGGCAAAGUGCUCCUGCAUCGUCGCCAUCUUCCUGCCUUCAUAUGCGAAAGGCAAUUUCCUGCUGACAAUCGGCGAUGUUUGUCCGGUAAUGUGCGGGACUUGUGCUCCUCCCACUACCGCUACUUCAACUACAAAGAAGCCGACCACAACUACACUUCCAGACUCUGAACGCUAUCAACAGAUCCUUGAAGCUGACGAGAAAUUUAAUGAAUUGACGAAUCAGCUCAUGGAUUUGGGUAUCCAGCUUAACGCCACCGACGGCCUGGACCGCUACGCAAAAUAUGAGCAGCAAAAGGUCCAAGUUGAUGCUCACAACGAAAAAUAUGAAGCCGGAGAGACACUGUAUCAAGAAGUGCUCAACAAAUUUAGCGUCAUGAAAAGUACAGAACGGGCUCCGCUUUCACUCAUUGUACAACCGUUCGAUACCGUGCCGACAACAGAAGCGGCUGCUCCAGUUGCCCGUAAGAAGCGUGAUGCCGAGAACGCAACAGUGGAUUGGCGGCCGUACUUUGGGGACAUUAUGGAUCAGGGGAGCUGUGGAGGUUGUUGGGGAUUUGCGAUGAAUGGUCUCCUAGAAGGAUGGCUGUCCAUUAAAGGCGUACCAACACCCCAGCUAUCGGUCCAACAAAUCCUGGACUGUGACCGCCAAGUCGAUCCCACUUACGGAUUGGCGAACAAAGGUUGUGAUGGAGGGUAUUUUCAGGUAGCCACCAACUAUCUAUCAACCAAAUCCCUAACUACCUCUGCUACCUACCCCUUCCGUGGCAGUAGCAACGCCACAUGUCUCCUCAGCGGGUUCGGGUCUUCGCUGAGGGUGUCGAGCUUCGAUACGGGCUUCAUCACCACCACCAACAAGACGACCACCUCAAAGUUCAUCAGUCUCAGCCAAGACAUGGAGGAUCGUGUCCGGAAAGGGCCAGUGGCUGUCGGAAUGGCAGUUGCUGAUGAGCUAUACGCUUAUGGAGGCGGAAUUUAUGAUGGGCCCUGUGCUUCUACCAUCAAUCAUGCAGUGGUUAUAGUCGGAUUUACCGAGCAGUAUUGGAUCAUCAGGAACAGUUGGGGGCCCACGUGGGGAGAAUCCGGCUACGUUCGAGUACUCAGACGGAAUGGAACAGAUCCAUGUUCGUUAACUUCUUAUUGGGCUACGAUUCUUCAAUUUGGGACUACCGAGGACAAACCAAACCAAUGGAUCAACAUUCCAAGUGGCCAGAAUGUGACUGCAAGUACAGAGGAGCCAGAAGCGACUACCACAACUGUAGCUACCAAUUCUACGGGCACUUGUGACGCGUGCUCCGUUUGUUCUGUAUGUGGGGAGGACGAUGACGAUGACGAUGAUGAUGACGGUAGUUUUCUGAAAAGCUCC